GCCGGCGGAGGGUCGGAGGGUCGGAGGGUGGGCGCCGGGAGCGGAGCGGAGGCAGCAUGUUCGGCGGCGGCGGCGGCGGCGGCGCGUACGGCGGCGACUGCGGCGACGGCUACGGGCUGGGCUACGUGGCGGGCGGCGGGCGGCUGCAGCAGUACGCGCACUUCGCGCCGCACCAGACCUGGCACCACCACGCCGCGCACCACGACACUUACGGAAGCAGUGGCGUGGGUGGCGUGGGCGGCGUAAGCGGCGUGGCGGGCGGGCUGUACGGACAGAACAUGGUGAUGGGCUCGUGGUGCGCGCCCUACGACGCGCUGCAGCGCCCGCCGGCUUACGAUGGCGUGCUGGAGGCGUACGAGGAGGGGCGCGAGUGCGUGAACUGCGGCGCCAACAACACGCCGCUGUGGCGCCGCGACUCCACGGGCCACUACCUGUGCAACGCGUGCGGCCUGUACCACAAGAUCAACGGCGUCAACCGCCCGCUGGUGAAGCCCAGCAAGCGGCUGUCUGCGGCUCGGCGCCACGGCCAGUGCUGCACCAACUGCGGCUCGCGCAACACCACGCUGUGGCGCCGCAACAACGACGGCGAGCCCGUCUGCAACGCGUGCGGCCUCUACUACAAGCUGCACGGCAUCAACAGGCCGUUAGCGAUGCGAAAAGAUGGAAUUCAAACGAGGAAACGAAAGCCGAAGAAGUCAGCGAACGGCGUCAAACCACCGCAAGAUGGCUCCAAGAAAGAUGGCCACACUUCUCCUGGAAUUGACGAGAGCAAACCCAGCAUAGCAGAAGUGCCUCUGCCCCUGACGGCGAGCAUGGGCGGCGCGGCGAGCAAGGCCCGCGAGCCCGCGCCGUCGCCGCACGCGCACCACGCGCACUCGCACGCGCACGCGCACACGCACGCGCAGGGCGCGCAGUACGGCGCGCCAGCGGGGCUGGCGGCGCCCGCCUUCCUGUCCAACCCCUCGCUGUUCAGCAUCAAGAGCGAGCCCAGCGCGCCCGCCGGCUACGACGGCUACGGCUCGCACGCCGCGUCCGGCGCGCCCUACCACUCGCAGCAGCACUACUUGCACGCGCUACAGUACGGGCUGGGCAGCGGCGAAGAGGAGGAAGGCAGCGGAUUCCUGCACCAGCGCAACGUGACGGCGCACGCCAAGCUCAUGGCCUCCACGUAGCGCUGCAGCCUCGCCCGCAGACGCACCAGGAGAUGAUCGCCCUGGCAACACCCAGUCCAAUACAUCAUGGGAGAGCUUUCUCAAUUAGAUCAAUAAAAACCGUGGCAUACCUACCUGCAGUUUGUUGUGUUGUGAUUGGCACGCGAGGCCUGCCAGAAGCUUUGGUCAGACUUUGUUGCCUUAAAAAUUAGAGGAAGACAUAACGCUGACCAAAUACACGAUCAAGUUUACCGGUCAAGGUUGCAGCAGAUUUGAAGCGGCGCAGCGUCCAGUGGGGUGUAUGGCCAUCCACAUGGGGGUGUGAUUGGACGCUGUUAACUUGACCGUGUAUGGUCAGGGUAGAGUAACCAACGGGGCGUCACUCGUACGUACGAUAUAAAUUACACGUUCCAACGAACAUCCCUAUUGCUGUAAUCUGCUUCGCUUGAGACCCAGUCCGUUUGUGAAAAUUAAACUUGCAUUUUUCAAACCCGCAAUGUAUAGCAUACAAAACUCAGGGUCAAUGCCCCGCCUACGACGGGCCAUUCACCCAGUGGCACCUAACUACGCGACGGUCGUUGACCGCUAGCGUUAGUCAAUUUAUUUUAUUUGUAAUACAUUGUGAACUUUCAAAAAAAUCUGGGGUUUUAAGUGUUAUGUUAAGCAAUCAGCAGUACCUACUAUCAAUCACCUACAUGUCUUCGUUUUUGAUAUCAUUCUACUUACACCCUGUAUAUGAGUAGAUUAUUAAUAGGUAGCUUUAGUACCUAUAGUCUAUUCUAACUAACUAUAUUCAUAGAAACGGAUUGCGUCUGCGGCUUACGAUCGACAAGAGUGCGAACACCGAUGUUCAUUGGAAAGUACAUGUUGUUACUACGAAGCGCCGCAUCUAUAUAGUGAGGCAUUCAUAUCGCUGGUCCGGAUAGUCGCUACCAUGUUCCUACCCUCAGGACGAUAAAUAAUCAGUCAUUGUGGACAUGCGGAGUGUAUGGAAUAGUGCCUUAACUCUUGUGCUAGAGUUAACAAUAUAAAUAAGUAAUUAAUUAUAAUACUUAAAUUGAAGAAAGUAAUUAAUGUUUCCUGUGUAACUCACGAUCAUGUGUUCUUUCUAGCAAGUAUUUCCUUAUUUUGAGACAAAAACUCAAGUUUUAUCGAAUGCCACAGAUGCCAUCUAUAAAAUAUCUGGAUAUAUACUCGUAUUUAGAACAUCAACCAUUAAAGGUAGGUAUCUAUAUAAUGAUAGAUACACCUAAGAUUCUGAUCAAAAUAAAAAUAUAUCAGAAUUGAUUGUACAACGGUUGUAUAUUUGAAUAACUUUAAAGUUUCAAUAGUUAAGGGAGAUCAGUAUUAUAAGACUCGUCAAUAAAGGCAUUUCGUGUUAUAAGAUGCCAAGUCAGUUAUUUUCGUGACACCUAAUAGGUCUCUAAUGUAAUUUGUAUAAAAUUAUAAUUAGCGUAAGAAUUAUAGGUAUAGAGAUAAGGCAUAUGUAGAAAGUAAAGUACUUAGCAUGUAAAUAUCUAAUUAAACAAUUUCGACUGAAAGAUAGUCACUUGAUGUGUAUUUAUAAUGGCUGUUUAUAAUAAGUUAAACUUAAUCAAACUUGUUACACCAAGUAAUGCUAAUAGAUACCUACAUUACUAAUGGGACCUUGUCGUUUAGUACUUACUUAACUUGAUAAUAAUGAAAAUGGAAACUGGGACAUCUCAACUACUAAAUAAGAUUAAACUAAUUAUUCCAAGUUCCUUCGAAUCUAAUAAUCUAUUCUUCCUUAGCUGUCUUUAAAAGGUAAACGUAUCCGUGAAAAUAGUAUGAUGUGCUUUCCCGGCCCUCGAUAUUAUUAGCUUGCAGCCAGAACUUGGUCCGAGUGAAACUAUGUUGUAGUCUGUGAAACAUUGUAUACUCCUCGCCACCAGCCUCUGCGAGAAAAGACUUGAUUAUCUUUUAAGUCAGCCAAGGAAAAAUACAUUGUAGAUAAUAUUUAAGCAAGACAAACAUUGUGUUCUACUGCUACAAAUCAAUUUGAUGUGACGAUCGACUGAACUUGAGCGUCGCGCAAAUUAGGGUGCCUGUCCUCGUGUCUCCUGUUCCCUCGUCACAUUACUGAUGUGUGCCUGCAUCUUCAGACCAUUCAAAAUACGCAACUUGAGCCGAUGCUAAGUGAGCAAUAAUUAUUAUUAGAUAUGUAUUUUCUUUUGCUUGAAUCACAUGACAACCAUGUCAGGUCGGAAUCAGACUGUGUUUUUUUCAAUCCCAACCUUGCCUAUUGUAACUCGUGGUCCUAUAAUAUUAUUUAAUAAUUCAGAUUUAAUGUAAAAUAAUUCUUGCUGUUAUCCUAUAAUACCUAUAAUAAUACCUACCCAUAGUUUUAUAACACUGAAUAACUUUCACAAAAUCAUCCGCACAUCUUAUGGCUCUCACUGUUAGCAACCUUAGGACAGAAUAGAUCUAAGAACAAAGCGCAUUUAUUAAUAAUUGUAUAUACCUAGUUAAUUAAUGAUAUAAAGUUGUAGUGCAUUUCCCAAACACUUUAUUUAAAUCUUUUGAUAACAACAUAUAAAAUGGAUCUCUUAGUUGUGAAGAGAAAUGUACAAUAUUACAUUAAACUUAUUAAUGCACUUA